CUGCAAAUGUGUCUGUGUUGUCUCUGUGAUUAUAAAACAUUUACUGAUUGAAUCCUAGCUAUCAUAACAGACACAUGGGAUAUAAAACAGUUAAGACUUGUUCAUAAUCCAAAUCAAAAACAUCCAGCAAAUUUAAAAUAAGGAUAAACCAAUUAUCUUCUUGAUUCACACAUUUCUCUUAAUCCAAACAUAAAACAUUCAGUUCUUUUCUAAUAGGAUAAACCAAUUAACUCCCGUAUUCACACCUUUCCUGUUGUUUUCCACAAUUAGGGAUGUCAUUGAGACUAAAAAAGUUGAUUAGGACAAUAUUGGUUCUUUGAUUACAUUGCAUAUGUAAAGAUAAUAAGAACUAUAACAUUGACUCAAUAUGUGGCUAUUAUUGAAAUGUCCAGACAUUUGAUUUCUGAUAAAAUGUUCAGAUUAGACAGGUCAGUUUUUCAAAUCUGGUUGUUCACUGUUCAGAUUAGGAGGUGUUCAGAUUUCAAGGUUUUUUUAACAUGGGAGUCAAUGGGAGGAAAAAAUGGGACCGAAAAAAAGUGUUCAAAUUGGAAGGUGUUCGGAUUAGCCAGGUGUUCAGAUAUACAGGUUUUACUGUAAAUAGCUAUAGGUAUUUACUGAUGUAUUUAUCAGCAGUUAUAAAGGUCAAGGUCACUACAUGCUAUCAGCAAUUCUCUCAAUAAUUUGUUAAUAUUCAACCGAAGGAUUUUUAAAAAAAACCAGUAAAUCAAUGAUUAUCUAAAACUUUCGAGUAGAGAGAUAACUUUAUUGUAAAACCGUUAAACUACAGGAGCUAAUUCAAAUCUUUAAGAGUGUGAAUUAACACAUGGUUUGAUAUAAAAAUUAGAAAGAAUGAGGAGUGCAUCAUCAUCGCAGGAUCUCAGAAUGUCAGUCUGUACGUUAUGCAAUAUGACUUUGAGAAACCCUCGGAUCCUUCCAUGUUUACAUGUAUAUUGUGUAGAAUGUCUAGACAAACUGGUGGUAGGUGAACAAAGAAAUUUAAAAUGCCCAGAAUGUAAGGAGGAACAUGUGAUACCAGAAGGAGGGGUGGAAGGCUUCAAGACUAGUUUCAUACAUGAUGACAUUUCCAGUACACUUUUCCAGACAUAUGAUAAAGAUGGUAAACCUACAUGUUCUAUAUGUGUGACGCAAGAUAAGAAUACUGUAGCGAGAGUUAUGUGUUUAAACUGUGGUAAAGUGUUGUGUGUAAAAUGUAGGCAGUCACAUGAUCGUUUCAUAGGUGACCAUGCUAUACUUAACCUGACUGGGGACAAUACCGCAGAUGAGAAAACUGCUCAGGAGUAUAAUAUGAAUGAACAAAAAGUGAAUUGUCCAAUUCACAAAAAUAGUGUUUUAAAUUGGUUCUGCGAGACUGACAAGACAGUCAUAUGUUCCGAAUGUAUCGCAAUCAACCACAAAGGCCAUGAAUAUGUGGACAUACAUGUGGCGGCAGAAAACAACAAAAAACGCAUAGAUGGUCUACUCCAAAAUGGAGACAAAAUGAUAAGUGUAUUUGACACUGCUAUCAAAGAAGCUGAACAGUACAAAGAAAACAUGCAGGCUACUGCCAAUAACAUAACAGAUGUGCUGACAAAUGAUAUGAAUGCAGCCAUAUUUGCUAUCAGAGAGCGUUACACUGCUGGUAUUGUUAAAGUAGUUGCAAGUAUAGAAGAUUGUACACAGCCAGCUGAAGACCACAUUGAGCAGAUUCAGCACCAGAAAGCCAACAUUGAAAGGACCAUUGACCGACUGCACACCAUAAUGGACAAUGUCAAUGAUGCAGAGCUGGCAAAUAUCACAAGCGAAAUUGACUCUAAAGCAAAGCAGUGGAAGAAAAACCAAACUUUUGUCUUUGAAGGUAAAACUCUUCGUAUCAAUUCAAAACGAGGAGAAAUCAAACAAGACUCAAUAUUAUUGGGCAAGGUCAAUGUCAAGGUCAAUGGUGACCAAUCAAAAACUACAUAUACCUUUAAAGUUCCAAUCAUGCUUAUAGCUGCAUUCUUCAUCAUCUUUGGUAUUGCUAUUAACCAUAGAAUACAAGUAGUUGGCAAAAUGAGAGAACAAAACAGUGAGAACAAUCAUGCAACCAACAAUUAUGAGUUCAGUUCAUAUCUAGAGUACACAUAUAAUUAUAUCCAUAUGCCAGAAAAACAUGAAAGACAAUUUGAUGAGCCCCAACAUAUGAACAGCCAAGGAAAAGCACAUGAUAGCGUUGACUUAGGAUAUUAAAUGUCUUCAUAUCCAUGGUACUUUUGACUAUAAAUAGGGACCAAUUUCAUAAGGGAUUUAUUCACCAGCAUCAAAAUGUUCAAAAAUUUAUGAAUCAUAAUUUAUAAUUAACUUACUUUAAAUUUCAAUGUUGACUGGAAUGCAAGGCCCUGUACAGAGGACUUAUGUGCUUGUAUAGACUGUAUAGGUUUAUUGCCCUGCCUUAAGUCGUAUGUAUAGAUCUUCCCCCGUGUUGAACCAACAGCCAUUGUGACACCAUCUUGGAGAAUAUCUAUUGAGGUCAGGGGGUUUUCAGCAGUCAUACUCUUUACACAACUGCAAAAUAUUAUAUCAGUUUAUAUAACACAGCUGCAAAAUUGUGAUGUCAGUUUAUAUAAUACAGCUGUAAUAUUUUAUGUCAGUUUAUGUAAUA